AACCCGAAAAAUCAGAGAAAUUACUGGAGUAUCAAGCAUGAGUGCAGAGCUGAAGAGGGACUACGAGAUCGGCGAGGAGCUCGGUCGCGGCCGCUUCGGUGUGGUCCACCGCUGCACGUCCCGCGCCACCGGCGAGGCCUUCGCCGUCAAGUCCGUGGACCGUUCGCAGCUGGCCGACGACCUCGACCGCGAGCUCGCGCAGGUGGAGCCCAAGCUGGCCCAGCUCGCCGGCGCGGGCAACCCCGGCGUGGUGCAGGUGCACGCGGUGUACGAGGACGAGGCGUGGACGCACACGGUGAUGGACCUGUGCACGGGCCCGGACCUGCUCGGCUGGAUGGGCCUCCGCCGCGGCGCGCCCGUGCCGGAGCCCGUGGCGGCCGCCAUCGUCGCGCAGCUCGCCCAGGCGCUGGCGCUCUGCCACCGCCGCGGGGUGGCGCACCGCGACGUCAAGCCCGACAACAUCCUCAUCGACGCCGCCGAGGAGGACGACGAGGAGGACGGCGCCGAGGGCGAGGGCGAGGGCGAGGCGGCGCCGCGCGCACGCCUGGCGGACUUCGGGUCCGCGGCGUGGGUGGGCGUGGGGGGCCUUGGCCGCGCGGAGGGGCUGGUGGGGACGCCCCACUACGUGGCGCCCGAGGUUGUGUCCGGCGGCGAGUACGGCGCCAAGGCCGACGUGUGGAGCGCCGGGGUGGUGAUGUACACGCUGCUCUCCGGCGGCGCGCUCCCCUUCGGCGGCGAGAGCGGCGCGGAGGUGCUGGCGGCCGUGAUGCGGGGCAGCGUGCGGUUCCCGCCCAGGCUGUUCGGCGGCGUGUCCCCGGCCGCCAAGGACCUGAUGAGGCGCAUGAUCUGCCGUGACGAGUGGAGGAGGUUCACCGCUGAGCAAGUCCUCGCUCACCCGUGGAUCGUGAGCGGCGGCGGAGCCCGUGCUGUGGGGCAGCCAACCUGAAGCGACACGCACCAGCAGACCAUGGCGAACGGGGCGUGUAUCGCCGUAAGGAUACGGCCACGAACACCGACGUUGUGUAUACGGUUUUGUAAGUACGGAGCAGGGACCAAGGAGAGUGACGAAAGAGUUUGUAGCGGUAGUAUUGUACGCUGCUGCCGGCUGCAGCGUAGCAUCGAGCGGUGCCGUCGCAGCAGAGCAGGUCGAUCGUCGACGAAGCUUUUAGCCGGUUUCAGGGAUGCUCUUUACCUAACAGAGCGCCCUUUCGGCUUUCUUUCUUUUUUUAUUUUUGAGGUGCCGGUAGCUGGUUGUAUAUACACCGAGUCACUGACCGUCUUGUACAAAUGGAGCUCAAUGAUAAAUAAAUCCGGCCUUCGUGCAUCCUUUAUGUUACAA